AUGGAAUUUUCAUUUUUAAGCAAAACAAGCUAUGAUAAAGAUUGUAUAUAUAAUUCAAAUUCGCAAUUGCACAAUACGAACGCAAAUCCCAGAAUUUCUGUGCCAAAUCACAUGGCCCACUAUAAUUUAAUAAUUGAUUCCAGCUAUAAGUUACGGGCUAAUGAGGCCGCAAUAAGAAAUUCAUUAAAUCAAGAGUCCAAUAUACUUUUUUCAAAAAUAACGAAUGUUGCCGAUCUUUAUCCCGGAACACAUAACAUUACGUCCUAUAAUUCCGGAUAUCCACUUAAAUAUACUGACGACUGCUCGAGUAUAAGCGAUAAAUCCAAACAAAGACGAAUACGUACAACCUUUACAUCAAGUCAACUAAAUGAACUAGAAAAAAUAUUUUUGGAAACACACUAUCCAGAUAUAUAUACAAGGGAAGAAAUUGCAUCAAAAUUGCAUUUGACGGAGGCGAGAGUACAGGUUUGGUUCCAGAAUCGUAGGGCGAAAUUUCGGAAACAAGAAAGGCAUGCAGUUUAUGUUAUGAAAGAUAAUUGUACCAAAAUGGAAAGGCGGCAAGACGCACUGUCUGGGACUCAAUGUUACGAUGUAUUAAUUCCGGAAUCUCAAAAUUCGUGCCAAAGAAAAUGUUUUUAUAAUAAAAUAUAA